AUGCCUUUCCGCAUGCAGAACUUUGUUAUCUCAACAACCGAUAUCUGGGCAGGCGAUUGGUCUGAUCCAGUGCCUAUUGAUUUCGAUGGCCUUGACCCGAGUCUAUUCUUUGACGACGAAGACGGAGGAACUAUCAAGCAAAUGCAGAUUGACCUACGCACCGGCGAGGCUUUAUCAGAGCUGCGGGAAAUAUGGGGCGGCCACCUGUGUCAUGAUACCGAAGGCCCUCACAUGUACAAGUAUGGGGGAUGGUACUACCUACUUGUGGCCGAAGGAGGAACGUUCCGGGAUCACGUCCUAUCUAUCGCCCGAUCUCGCAGUAUAUGGGGCCCUUUCGAAUCCUAUGAAAACAAUCCGAUCCUAACAGCGCGAAACACCAAAGAACCGAUUCAGAAUGUCGGCCAUGGAGAGCUCUUUCAGGACGCUUCAGGGAGUUGGUGGGCUGCUAUACUGGGGGGAAACGUCGCUUGGAAUGGGAGCCUUGGUAACGAUCAGCCGCGGCUCAGGUCAUUGGCGAAUCAUUACGUAUCGCUGUUGUACAUCCGAUCGCCAAUUAUGUCGGACUACAUUCUACCUCCCAAACUCAAUGAAACGGGCAGCGAUGGCAUAACGAGCUUUCGUCUGCGGCCAAGUAGCGGUACGCUAUCGUCCCCUACAGGAACCUGCACCUUUAUUGGUAUAAGACAGCGGCAUUUCGAUUGCACAUCCCAAGUCAGCCUUGUCAUUGGGACAAAGAAAGACUCUUUUGGCGUCAUAGCUGGCCUUUCCUUAUACAAGGACCACCUACGACACCUCUCCCUUUACUAUGACUAUGAUAAACGCGAGAUCACAUGUCAGAUUGUCAAUAGUCUAACGGGGUUAGCCUCAGGGGGGGUUGUCAAAACCGCUACUGUUGCUUCCACCAACUCCGAACUGCAAACAACACUAAAACUACAGAUUGCCGCGACAAAGGACGCCUACACAGUUAGUUACGCACAAGCUGAUGACGGGGGAGAGUGGAAAGAGUUAUAUGCUUUUCCAGUCCAAGAUCUCGUGACUCAAGAGAUGACUGGGCCUGUUUUUGGUAUCUUCUCUCAUCGUGCAGUGCAUGUGGAAGGGCAGAGCGGGCGAGACAACGAGGAAAUCACGUCGAAUGACUAUGUUGAAUUCACUGAUUUCUCAGUUGACGGUAGGCGAGUUGAAACGUUGGAUUGA